AUGGCUUCUUCAGUGAAGAUGGCGAUGCAGGCGCAGAAAGCUAAAGGAAUGGCAGAGGGCUUGACCACCCGAGGGGAGGCCGAGGCCAAAUCCUCCAAGUCUGCCUCUUCUGGCCCCAAGUCUUCGGCCGCUGGGGCACUGGAAGAGGAUUCAGAGGAGGACUCCGGGGCGGAGGAGGUGAUCGACGGACGGCCAAACCAUCGGAUCAAAGGAGAAAAGAAGAAGAUCGAGGCCGGCGAAUUCUUCGAUGAUCUCAUGGAAGGCUUUGCCGAAAUCUGGAGGUUGACGGUCGCAGGGGGCCACUCCUUCGCAUCCUGUGUGCGGCGCGUGGCCUAUCCCUUGAAGGCGAGAAGAAGUGACCUGCGAGGUGGUGGGAGUUUGGCUCAGCCAGGACUAGAACUGGAUGGUGUGAGAGUCUUUGAGGUGAUUAGUCAUGAUCUACCUCCACCGCCUUUCUAUCCACAGGCCUGCGAACGCCGUGCCCGUAGCGCAACACCCGGCUCCCGUCCCAGCACCGAUCGUGCCACGGGCUCGCGCGCGUCGCUGCGGAGUGCUCCGACAUCAAUGCCGCGGGCGUUGCAGCAUGCGGUGCAGCACGCACAGGCACUGCAACGUUCCAACAGUGCUUCGACGGGGCGCUCCAGCCGUGCCAGCCUGCUGAGCGCCGCGCGGCGCUCCGCUCGGCGUGCAGCCUUUGAGGCUUUGGCCAAGCUCUCUUUGGGUGACCACGUGGCACAGCUCAUGCAGCAACCGUUGCCCAUGAAGGGCUACAAACCACAGGAGGAAGACUACAAAAAGACGUUGUCAAAUGGCUCCGCCCUACCAGUUUGCCCAGUGCAUCUCAUGAUGCCCCAGACCACGGUGCAGAGCUUGACGCGCUAUGGCUCUCCAGAAAUAGCGGCCUGUCGAAACCAAAAGGCUGCGGUUCAGUGGCAUGGCUACCAGAAGAAUGGCAACUCUGCCUACAACGAGCAGGUGGUGCAGCAAGCACAUUUGAUGCGCAAGUGA